AAAACAUUUGGUAUUGUAACUGAAUCCGAGAUCCGAUCCCAUUUCUGGCUUUCAUUUUAAUUCAACUUGAGAGUUCAAUUGAAGGACAGUUCCAAUAAAACGGAUUAAAAAUCAAAAUUGUUGGCCUGUUUUAAUUCAGACCAAUGGCUGAAACAAUCGAUGAUGAUUAUGCUUAUUGCCCAAACUGGCGAGAAGCACAUUAUAACAUGGCCCGAUUAGGACCUCGUUAUCAUCCAUUGGACGUUUUUACAAAGUUUGAUGAUCACCGUAAACCAAUUGAUAAAUAUAUUUAUGGUACUGGAGUAGGUGCUGCUUGUGGGUUUUCCGCUAUGGCCAUAGGUCAAUAUGCUUCUGGUAAACCCGUGUUUUCUCAGAUUUAUCGACAUGCAGCUGGUAUAUUGAUUGGUUUCAUUGGUGGAUACUUUGUUGUUAAGUAUUCUAUCAAAAGAGCUACGCUUGAACAAUCUAGAUUGAUGCAUUAUAUUCAGUCUCGUCCUGAAUAUUUUCCACCAAUAGAUAGGUACAAAUACAAAGACACAUUAGGAGCCCAUCGCUUGGUCAGGAUUCUCCGUUAAUUAGGCUAUACUCUGUAAUAUAUUGACGAAUUAUUCGUAUGGUGAUUAAAUAAAUUAUAAAUCAUGAUUUAAACAAAUUAACAAUUUAAAAAAUCUUUUAAUUACUGCAUCUUAUUCAAGCUACAUUGAAAAUGAGAAAAAAUUAAUUUUCUCUUGAAUUUAAAGAUAUUUUUUUCAAUUUGUAUUGUAAAAUGGGUAAAAUUGGAUCAUCUUCAGUUGGUGAAGGAUUGAGAUGUUUAAGAGGUCCUGUGGAUUGAGCUGAUGAACUAUUAGAGUCAAUUCCAGAGCGUUGAUAAAACGAAAAUGUUUUAUUGAUGUGUUUUUCGAGCACGUUUGUUUGCAGUUUGCCAUUUUUUUCCAAAAGUUCUUUCGGAAUGUUAGCGAAUUUGUCAAGACUUGACUUUUUCUCUUUUUUCUGGGUUUUUUCAAAAUCAAGCGAUUGUUUUGACCCACCAGAUUGCAUCUGUGGCUGUUCGACAAGUGUCUGAACACCAGAAUCGAUCGUUAAACUGGAUUUCUUAAAAUCGUCAAUUUUUGAAUAUUCAAUUGAAUAUUUUUCACUUGCAAAUUUUCCACUUGCAUAUUUUUCACUUGAAUAUUUUUUCAACAAAUAAUCUUCACAAACAUUGUGAAUGUCCGAAAGAACAUUUUUAAACAAAUUAUAGUCCAAACUCUGCUUACCACAAAUUAUUUUGCGCCAUUGUUGGCUCAAAAUAGAUUUGGUGUGGCUUGAAAUCGUUUUAUCGAACCAAGAAUAUUUAAAUAUCUCAUCAAUGAUGGCGGAGGCAGUAAGAAACAUUUCACCAUUGGCACUUUUAUCUGAUUCAAAUUCAUAAAGAAUUUGGAAUCCUUCCAGUAUAUAACUAAAUUCAAUUAAUUUUAAGUAAUUUGAUGCAUUCAUUGUCAAAUUUAAAAAAACUUAUAAAAAAAAUCUAUUAAAAAAAUCAAUAUUUGAAAAGAAAAACUUUUGACAAAAUUAUAAAUUGAAAAUACUAUUCAUUGCUGUAUCCUCUCGCAGGAGACCAUAUGUUGUGUACUCAAUUUAUACCAAAUAGAUGGAGCUGUAGUACCGAUGCAUUUUAUAGUCCCACUGAAGGACAGUUUCAAUAAAACUGAUUAAAAUUGAUGAAUUAAUUUAAUUCAGACUAAUGGCUGAAACAAUUGAUGAUGAUUAUGCUUAUUGCCCAAACUGGCGAGAAGCACAUUAUAACAUGGCCCGAUUAGGACCCCGAUAUCAUCCAUUGGACGUUUUUACAAAGUUUGAUGAUCACCGCAAACCAAUUGAUAAAUAUAUUUAUGGUACUGGAGUAGGUGCUGCUUGUGGUUUUUCCGCUAUGGCAAUAGGUCAAUAUGCUUCUGGUAAACCCGUGUUUUCUCAGAUUUAUCGACAUGCAGCUGGUAUUUUGAUUGGUUUCAUUGGUGGAUACUUUGUUGUUAAGUAUUCUAUCAAAAGAGCUACGCUUGAACAAUCUAGACUGAUGCAUUAUAUUCAGUCUCGUCCUGAAUAUUUUCCACCAAUAGAUAGGUACAAAUACAAAGACACAUUGGGAGCCCAUCGCUUGGUCAGGAUCCUCCGUUAAUUUUAAUUGAUUCUGUUGAAUAUGUUGCCUAACUAGAAAUGUAAAUGAAAAUAAAUAGUGUUUAAUGAAUUUUAA